AGGAAGAUGAAAAACAACUAAUGCAAUAGAUGGGAAGAAAUGCUAAGACAGGCUUGUUCAGAAUAAUCUUCUUGAAGACUCAGCCCUCAAGUUCCUACUAAUUUAGCCGGGUCCGGAUCGUUAAGAAUCGAAACCGACUAUUACAACAACCGAUUCCAGUUGCAGUUUCAGUUCAAGUGGUAUCGGGGCCUACCCAAAGCACGAAACAGCACAGUUCAGUUUUGGAAUUCAAAUUAGAUCAAGGAAGGUUUCAAAUCUGAUUUUAAGGGUUUUGAAACUGAAAGUUUAACUUUUCAUUUGAGUUCAUUAUUUGAACAGCGGCUAAAUCAAAGAAAUUUUCUGGGGAUUACUCCUUCGGAUAAGCAGAACUGACGCACCAGAAGGCGAAAGAAGAACUUACCACACCACUGAGGAGGUAUUUCUUUCAUAAGUCAAUUAGCAAAAUUCAAAAUUAAAGUGAUGCAAACCGCUGAGGCUUCGGCUCAUUUGCAUUCUGAAUCAAGUAACGAGGAACUUUUAUCUAUCAAAAAUGGUUUAGUUUUGGCAGGAAAUUUGAACAAGAAAACGGCAGACCAUUUACCAAUAGAUUUAGUGAUUGAGAUCUUGUGCCGAGUACCCGUUAGGAGUUUGAUUAUGUUCAAGUGUGUAUCAAAAUCAUGGAACAAACUAAAUUCUCAGGUCUGUCUCCCGAGACUUUCUUCAAAUGUUUGUGUUCUUAGAUUUUACAGGGGAAGAACUCGUAGACUUUCUGAUCAACUGUGUUUUUCUGGUACCUUGCCUGAGUUGAAUUCUGCUAGUUACGUAUCAAAAGGUAACAUGUAUCAUCAUGAAAUUGACUGUUGUAAUGGGUUGUCUCUAUGCGAUGGCGCCUAUGGUAGUGGUUAUGUUGUGGUGAACCUAGCAACAAGGCAACAUUUUUCUAUCCCUGAACCUCUGAAACUUCCUGGAUGGAAUUUUGCUGCCAUAGUCUUUGGUCCAAUCCAAUCCAAUGACUACACAAUUGUUCGACCUAAUCCCUACUAUGAUACUCCAAGCUUGGACAUAUUUUCGUCUGAAAUUGGUAAAUGGGUUAGGCACAUAGUACCUGGAGAUUGGGUUGAGCAUUUAUGUAUUCGCGAAUUUGGUAGUCCCAUGCUAGGGAUUAAAUGGGCUAAGGGGAACGUAUACUUGGAUGGAAUGUUGUAUUUAUUAAUUCGAGGUAAGCACCUUGUACAGUUCGACCUCAAAUCACUAGCAGUGUCAGCUGAAGUCAUAAAAGUUCCAUGUGGAGCCAAUGGACAUGGGUUGAUUGGACAUUCCAGAGGUAUUUUGUACUAUGUUAAUUACGACAAAGAAUUUAGAUUAUCGAUGUGGCAGUUGGAUUAUCAUAGCAUAAGUGCAAGUAUUUGGGUUUUGAGACAUAGCAUCUGUACAGAUGAUAUGCUGGAUCAAAAUCCAGGUAUCUUGCAUACCAUGAAGUUGAAGAAUCGCCGACGCGGCCGCCUAUUUGAGCCCUUUGGUAUCCACCCAUUUUCAGACAUUAUUUUUCUUGGUUUACAAGGAAGGCGAAAGCCAUAAGUGUGAACAUUUCUGGUGGACAACAAGAUGUAUGGAUUGGCGCUAUGAUUUUGUUUACCCUGUCUCAUAUAAUUAUGUUAAUGUGAAGGACUUUCGCAAGGACUAUCCUAAACAAUACAGCAAGGGAUGUAAAAUCGGCAGACGUAUCUGGUGAUCUUUAUGGCAAACAGGUAUCUGGUCAUGAUGCAAUAGAUCAGAGGUGAUUAUAAAAUUGACAGUAGCAGGAUUGUAUGAAGGUUCGAGUUUAGUAUGCAAUUGUGUUUCAAGGCAUCCUUCCUAUUUCGGCAGUGUAUUCCUGUGUUGGUUGGUCCUGAUGGGAUCCUUUACUUUCAAAGCAUCUUUCCUACUUCGGCAGUGUAUUCAUUUAGCUGCUCGGUAGUUAGUAUUGAUCUUUCACCAGAUUCUUCUUAAUUUCAUAUAUUGCUGCGCAGGUGGGGUUUAGCACAUCACUUCCACUACGUGCCAGAAAUAUUAUCUGCUGUCUUUUGAACUGUGCCAGCUCUUUUUACCCAUUGUCUACCCUACUUCUAUGUGGUGUUUCUGACAAUCCUUCUCGUCGACCGUGCCAAGAGGGAUGAUGACCGAUGCAGAUCCAAGUACGACAAAUACUGGAAGCUUUACUGUCAGAAAGUGCCUUAUCAUACCAGGAAUCCACUAAGAAUUGCUCCAUUUGAAUGUACUGUACAAUGACUAGAGUUAAACAGUUAGAUAUGAGAGUGUUAUUAUUCGAAGGACCUUUUUCAUUUGAGCUUUUCUGUUAUUUGUAAAAUAUGUGAUGGGUCAGGGAUGAAUCCCCCUAAGAGCCACCAGGUCUGUAUGAAACCCUUGUUUUUCUAAGGGCAAUUCAAUGAUAUAUAUGUGUUGUGUUGCCGCCAA